CCCUAUAUUUUGGUGUCAUCCCAGUCAUAAUUUCUGUUUAGCAGGAAAAUUCUGUUUGGUCGUUCUGCUUUGGAUACUGGGUAUAAUCCAAAAGCUUUUUAUUUGUGUAAAUAGAGUGUGCGUUAAAUCAAAAAACAUAAUAUAUUAAACUGAUUAUGUCUGAACUUCAGUCAUCGUUACUGUUAAAGAAGCAAUUGGCAGAACUGAACAAGAAUCCAGUGGAAGGAUUCUCAGCUGGCUUAAUUGAUGAAAAUGAUAUAUUUCGCUGGGAAGUUUUAAUAAUAGGACCCCCAGAUACACUUUACGAAGGCGGAUUUUUUAAGGCCCAUCUUUACUUUCCUAAAGAAUAUCCGUUGCGCCCUCCAAGGAUGAAGUUCGUCACAGAAAUUUGGCACCCAAAUAUAGAAAAAAACGGAGAUGUCUGUAUUUCUAUUCUGCAUGAGCCCGGAGAUGAUAAGUGGGGCUAUGAAAAAGCAUCGGAGCGCUGGCUACCUGUGCAUACAGUGGAAACUAUUUUGAUAUCGGUGAUAUCUAUGUUGGCUGACCCUAAUGAUGAGUCUCCAGCAAAUGUAGAUGCCGCCAAGGAAUGGAGAGAAUCGUACACCGACUUUAAACGUAAAGUUGCUCGUUGUGUUCGAAAAAGUCAAGAAGAAUGUUCGUGAAGCAUAUUGGCCCUACAUUUGUAUAUUUAUAUUAAACAUUUUAUACAUUAAAGAAUUAACUGAAAU